UAGACUUCUCCUCUUUCUUCCAUGUGUUUUUCUCUAGAACUUUCUAGUCCAAAUCCCAUUCUUAUAUUACUCACAAACUCACUUGUUUAUCCAUCUUAAUUGUAAUUAGCAAAGUAAUGGAGGAUGUAGUGAAAGUGAAGGUCGAAGAAGAUGGCAUUCCGACGGCCGUGCUGCCUAUGGAAGGGCUGCACGACGUUGGUCCGCCGCCAUUUCUGAGCAAAACUUAUGAGAUGGUGGAAGAUUCCUCAACUGAUCAAGUCAUAUCAUGGAGCACAACAAGGAAUAGCUUUAUUGUUUGGGACUCUCAUAAGUUUUCCACCACAUUGUUGCCUAGGUUUUUCAAGCACAGCAAUUUUUCCAGUUUCAUUCGGCAGCUUAACACAUAUGGAUUUAGAAAGGUGGAUCCUGACAGAUGGGAAUUUGCGAAUGGAGGUUUUCUGGGAGGGCAAAAGCAUCUUUUGAAGACGAUAAAGAGGAGGAGGAAUGUUGGUCAGAGUAUGAAUCAACAAGGAUCUGGUGCUUGCAUUGAAAUUGGUUAUUAUGGGAUGGAGGAGGAGCUAGAAAGAUUAAAGCGGGAUAAAAACGUGUUGAUGACUGAAAUAGUUAAACUUAGGCAGCAACAGCAGAGUACGAGGAAUCAUAUCAUUGCCAUGGGAGAAAAAAUCGAAACACAGGAGAGGAAACAAGUGCAGAUGAUGAGUUUCUUAGCAAAGAUUUUCAGCAAUCCAACUUUUCUCCAGCAGUACUUGGACAAACAUGUGCACAGAAAAGAUAAACAACGUAUCGAAGUUGGACAAAAGAGGAGACUAACGAUGACCCCCAGUGCUACAGGAAGUGAUCAGCCUAUGAAUUACUCCUCAUCACACCAAGAGAGUGAAGCUGAGCUUGCAAGUAUUGAAAUGUUAUUCUCUGCUGCAAUGGACAAUGAAUCAAGCAGCAAUGUCAGGCCGGAUUCUGUUGUGACAGCAAAUGGAACUGAUAUGGAACCAGUGGCUGAUGAUAUUUGGGAAGAGUUGCUCAGUGAAGAUCUUAUAUCCGGGGAUCGAGCAGCAGAGGAAGUAGUGGUUGUUGAACAACCUGAAUUCGACGUGGAAGUUGAAGAUCUUGUUGUGAAAACACCUGAAUGGGGUGAGGAAUUACAAGACCUUGUGGAUCAGCUUGGUUUCCUUUAGAGGUCACUCUUGUGUUCCUCUGGCCUCCUCCACUAUUCCAGUAUCCUAUAUUGAGUUACUGCAUUCAAAUAUAUUGUAGCUAAUGUACUUGUUAUUUCUCUUCUAUAGCAGGGAAGGAUAGAGUUAUGGGUCGCCUAAAGCUAAUUUUUUUUAAAAAUAUUUUAUACUUCAUUAAUAUUUAGAUUGUACUAAUAUUUUUUGGAAAGUGAAGUGCAGAAUUGAUAUUUUUCUUUUCAUUUGAUUCAAUUUUUCAGGUUAAGAUGCAGAUAUACUACUUUCUUUCAUUUCAGGAAGCUUUGAGGCGGUCUCUAGUAGCGCAUGUUUACAAGUAAUGCCACUUAAACAGCUAUUUGUUUCUUAAAUUUCUUAGUUAGUCUGGAGGAAUGUCCUGUGUAUAAUAAAUAAAAAAUUAAAAUAUACUGUAAUGUUUUCUGAAUGAUGUGUUAUGUCGUAGCAUUUCUUUUGAUUUUUAUUUUGUAUAGAACUGAGGUCCAUACCAUUCUCAACGGAGCUAAUAAUAAGUUUGUGUAUUGCAGAACCAUACAAUUGACAAUGGUGUGUAGCUUAAUUAUCUGGUGCUCAUAAACUUUUUAGGGGUUGUUUAAAUAUGCAGAGGUUAGGGGCUUGGAUGUAUGGAUCUCUAUGGUGGAGAACGAAAGAGAGGAGAGGAUAGAGUAUACAAGAGAUUUUAUAUUAGAUAGAUUGAGAAGAAAAGCAUCAACAUGGACUCGGCUUUCCUCAACCAACACCAGUUCCUUUAUACAACAUUGUGUCCACUUACCAAAUCAGUGUAUUUUAUCACAGUUGAAGGAUGGUAUUUUUACUUCUUUACUGGUGUUCUUCCCAACAGUUCAAGCUGGUUUACUCCAGAACAAUCCAUGACAGUGAUAGAGCAUCAUGCAUCAGAUAAAAUGAUGCAAAUAUAAUCAGAACAAUAGUAAGCAUGAGGUCUGACUUUAGGGUGGAGACAAAAGUUGAAAAGUGGGAAUCCUAAUCACAGAGUCAUGUCCGAAUAUUAUUCAUCUCUUCUGGCAAAGCAUCAAACAUGUAAUAGGACAAAUCGAACCGACAUAAAAUAGUAACCCAGUAUUGAAUCAACAUUUCCUGUGACAAUUAUAUUAUAUUAUAUUAUACAUGUAGAGUAAGUAUUGUUCUGCACUUGCCUAAUCACUAUAACAGUAAUUCCAUGGUUUCUUUACUUCUUCAA